AUGGAGGAGGUUAAAUACCUGAGUUCGAAAGGCGUCUUCGAGAUUCCUCCACCCUCAUUAUUGAAGGAGCUGAUAUCCUCCUACAUCGAAUGGGUCCACGUCGUGUUACCGAUUCUUGAUAUUGACACUGUCACUUCUGUCUUGUUACCAACCAGCAACACCCAAACAAGCCUACUCCUGUUCCAGGCCAUUGUUUAUGCCAGCUCCACAUUCGUUGACGAAGAAAAACUUCGGCUGUCCGGCUUUACAGAGCGACGUGCUGCACAGGAUUUAUUCUUCAAACGUGUCAAACUAUUGCUUGACUUCAACUACGAGUGCGACCGGCUUUGUCUACUGCAGACUACAAUUCUGAUGUCUCUGCGUCAAGACGACAAGGUAUCACUGAAAGACUGCCGCCACUAUCUGACUCUUGGAUAUUCGAUAGCCCAGCUGAUGGGCUUCUGCUAUGAGAGCACUUAUGCUAAACACCCUCCCGAGACAAGUACUCUUUUGCGAGGAGUCUGGUGGUGUCUAUAUUCGCGAGAUAAGCUGUUGGCUAUCGCAACGAUGCAGCCCCCUUUAAUCAAGGAGGCCGACUUUAAUGUCGAUCCCUCCACGCUCCUUGUCGAUGAUCUGGCGAACAUAGGUGUUCCAUCACAGUACCCACGAUUACUUCAUUCUUUGGGAGACUACGGUCCGAAAUUCGAGGUUCAUGAGCAACAGCCCGCUCUUCUCUUUCUCGAGCAAACAAGGCUCUGCUUGCAGAUAGGCAGCAUUUUGAAUGACCUGUACCGCCCAGUUGCGGCCUUCUCUGACAGUUAUCGCCCUAGAGCCUCACUUACUACCUGUCCAGUUCCAAAGGAAACAGCAAAAGCACAUCAACGCAGUCUGGAGAAGUGGUGGCAAGGGUCACAAACACAAUUUCAAUUAAGUCCUCUGAACACUGAUAGCCAGUUUCGGGUAACAGGCUACCAGCAAAGACAAAUCUUCCAACAUGGGAUACUAGCUAUCUUCUAUUUCGCGACGUCUAUAACCUUGCACCAAUGGCUGGCUCUGUCGAGUAUUCCUACGUCUCCUUCGGUGGAAGAAAAAUCACGCCACUGUUCAUCCCUUGAGUUGGACUCUCACAUGAUUUUGUAUGUGUGGAAGAUUGUGAGCUCUAUCGACUUGGGUAAAGUCGUCGAGCUCGGCGGCCACUUAUGUGUCAUUCGGGCAAUUGGCUGCCUCACACAGACAAUGCAAACUCAGCAGUACUUGGGUUUGGGUGCGAGCGCGAGCCGCAUCCAAGAUAUCAAAAUGUGCCUCCAGUCUCUUCGAGCAUCCCAACACCUCUGCCACCGGCGCGGAUCAGACUCGAGAAGUUAUUGGCAUAGGUCGAAGGACGCGAUUCGAGACAAUCAAGCCGUGUCGAUUGACUCGGAAACCGCGAUGAUCGAGCUUCAUCGAGAUGAAAAAGCACUGUCGCCAGAUACCAGCACAGGCUUUUCCUUAGCGUCGGGGUUUUCCAGGAACCCACAAAGCGGCGGAUCGUUCUACGUGUUGGAGGACGAAGAUUUCCUGGCGCAAACCGUGUCUGACGAGCACAUUCAACUUGCUGGUGAGGAGCCAGUCAAUCCAAUGCGGUGGGACGGAAUAUGGGGAGCAGAUAUAAAUGUCGAAAACUAG